CUACAAUAUAUAUAUAUAUAUUUAUCUUAAUCGAUGAGCUCUGCGGGAAUAAAAAUGUCGUCCCAAGAUGCUGAUCAAGCUGAUAAUGUAGUAAAGAAAUAUGUUUUAUUUAAGUUUUUUUUAUUUUCAACUGCUAUGAUUAUUGUACCGAUUAGCAGCUAUUAUUUGUCUUUAAGAUAUAUUUUUAAGGAAAAUAAUACAACAUAUGCCGCAAUUGUUGCUGUAUUAAUGACGAAUGUUGUUUUGGUCGGAUAUAUUAUAUUAGCACUCAUUGAGGAAAAAGAUAGCCAGAUGAGAGAAAAGGGUGAAACUCUAUCUAAGAAGCAUCAAUAGAUAUAAAAGAUAUUUUAAGAAUAUUUUGUUUUAAAAACAUUUUAUU